ACAUUCUUUAAGAUUUAACUGCUGAUUUAUUUCUAUACUGGCAAUAUUUCCAAACAGCUGGAUGUAGUGUGGAGCAACAGCUGGAGGAGGGCCUCUGUCCUCCAUACAGUCGAAGACAAAAAAAAAAAUCAGUAAGAUGCAUUUUCUGACAUUUCAUCAAAAUGAGUUUAGAAACGGUGUGACAACAAAAAUAAUUAUCUUCAGAGUUGCUCAGCAUCUCUUCAUGCCAGUAACCGACCCAUGCCUUGCUCAUAGGUCUCUCUUCUGUCUCCUCGUCAGCUCUGUGGCGAGCCGCCUCUUACGAGCUGACAGCUGGAGUGACGGCAUCAGCCUCCGGUAGGACGAGGCUGGUAGGAAAAAAUAACCACCAUGUUUUCUAGGCUCUUAACUCCAUCUUUCAUCCAUUGAAGCAAUCUGAUGAAAGCACAGGGGGAAAAAUAGAGACUACAACACGAUGAUACAUCUAAUGGACGCGGUUUUGACGUGGGUCUCCGGAUUCAUUUCUCUCAUUUCAUCGGUGUGAAGUGACGAAUUUCGGAUUUUAUUUUAGUUCGCAUCAGAAAUCAGAUAACGGCUGCUGCACCUCAGACCUUUUGGAACAAAUGCACAAGGUUGCACUACGAGGCAGAUAUGUCUGCAAGGUUUAGAAAGGAAAAAAAGGGGAGAAUGGAUACAAGAACGAAGAAAAAAAAAAAAAAAGGAAAGAAGGCCCAACAUCAUGGAAUAUGUGUAAAUUCAGUCCCACAAUGUCUCUCAAAAUAUGCGUGAAGCUCAAACAUAACGAAUAAUGAUUAAAUUUGACCUUGUAAAGUGCCUUGAGACGACAUGUAUUGUGAAAUAGCGCCAUAUAAAUAAAACUGAAUUGAAUUCACACAUGCUCUAUUUUCUUGUCCAUGUUUGUGACCAUUUCCUUCUACCACACUGAGUAGCAUGUGAGAAGCUAGUAAAGGGUUAAGCGGCCUGCUCUCCAGCUGACUCCACCUUCUGGGGUGACUCAGCACAACAGGAAGCAGGAAGUGCUCACAGUAAGCCCUACAUCUGUCAGCUGUCUGCUUUAGCCGGCUGUUUGUGGAGUUUCGCUGGUUCUGAAAGAUCUCCCGCCUCCUGGUUGAGCUUCGUCUCUUCUCCCUGCUGACACCCACCCCGUCCGCCCGCGCUGCCUCUCUGUCUCCUCUCUUCCGUCAGCUGUUGCCCCUUUGCUCCACUUCCCCCUUUUCGCAGGAAGCAGCAGUGUGGAGUCAGCAUGGCAGGCAGGCUGUCUCUGCCUGAGGAGGACCUGACCUGCCCCAUCUGCUGCACCAUCUUCAGGGAGCCGGUGGUGCUCAAGUGCACCCACAGCUUCUGCGCGGCCUGCCUGCAACAGUACUGGGCCGCCAAGGGACGGAGACGGGACUGCCCCAUGUGCAGGGCCCAGAGCGUGGACGAGCCCGUGCCCAGCCUGACCCUGAGGAACCUGUGCGAGUCCUGUGUGCAGGAGGAGAGCCACCGGGCGGAGGAACCGGAGGGGGAGCUGUACUGCGAUCCAGGAGAGAUGUGCCCCGUUCACAGGGAGAAGCUCAAGCUCUACUGCUUGGUGGACAAAGAGCCCAUAUGUGUGGUCUGCCACACCUCCAGGAAACACAAGCAGCAUGACUGCUGUCCUGUCAGCGAGGCGGUCCUGGACGCGAAGGAGAAAAUGAAGCUGGCCAUUAGCUGCCUGCAGGAGAAGAGGGAAGCGUUUGACAGAAUGAAGAAAGACUGCGAGGAUACUGUGGCACACAUCCAGGUUCAGGCUCGAUUUGUGGAGAGAAGGACCCAUGAGGAGUUUGAAAAACUCCACGACUUCCUUCGUGAGGAAGAGGACUCCAGGAUGGAGGCGCUGAGGAGGGAGGAGGAGCACAAAGCUGGACAGAUGAGGCAGAUGAUCGAAGAAAUCGAGAAAAACAUAUCGUCUGUGUCUGAUACCAUCCGAGCUUUGGAGGAGGAGAUGGCUCUGGAGGACAUCUCUGUCCUGCAGAAAUCUAAGAGUACACUUGCAAGGGCAAACGAUCCAAUUGAAGAUCCGGUCAUGGCUCCGGGAGCCCUGAUAGACGUGGCCAGCUACGUCGGCUCUUUAACAUUUCAGGUGUGGGAGAAGAUGCAGAAAAUGGCCAAAUACACGCCGGUCACUCUGGAUCCCAACACGGCGGCCCCGUGGCUGCUGCUGUCAGACGACCUGACCGCCGUCCGUGACAGCGACGACAAGCAGAGGCUGCCCAACAACCCGGAGAGGUUCGACCCCGACACGGCUGUCCUGGGCCGGGUCGGCCUGGCGUCGGGCAAGCACGCCUGGGAGGUGAACGUGGGAGACAACACGGCGUGGGUCGUCGGCGUGGCUAAGGAGUCCAUCAAACGGAAAGAGAAGGUGUCUUCGGUCCUGAGCAACGGCUACCUGUGCGUGUACUUUUACCACAAGAUGUACUUCGCCGGCACCUCUCCCUUGACGCGGCUGAACCUGAAGAGAAAUCCGCAGAGGAUCCGGGUGCAGCUGGAUUGUGACAAGGGCAAGGUGUCGUUCUACGACCCGCACAGCAACGCGCACAUUUACACCUUCAAACAUGGCCUCACCGAGGCCGUGUUUCCUUACCUGUGGGUGGGCUGUCAGAAAUGUCCUCUGACAGUCGAACCAGUGGAGGUUUCCCUGAAGGUUCCUGAGUUUUGUUAAGAAUUUAACUUGGAUGAAAGUUUUUGUCACUAACUUUUGUUGACCUGUCUUCAGGGCAAAUUUACUAAAAAAAAAAA